AUGGAUAAGAAAGUCAUUGUCAUCACCGGGGUCGCCUCCGGAAUGGGUCUCGAGUCAGCCAAGCUGCUCGCCACCAAAGGGGCCAAGCUUUCACUAGCAGGCAUCCAAGAGGAAGCGCUAAUGCAAGUCGUACUCGACAUCAAUAACAGCAGCGGCACCGCCAUCGGAACAGUGGUCGAUGUGCGCCAAAGAGUUCAAGUCGAGGCCUGGAUCAAGACAACCGUGGACACAUUUGGCAAACUAGAUGGCUCUGAUAAUCUCGCAGUGUGGUCGGCAAUCUAUCGUCAACGCCCCCGGCGUGGCCGGCUUGAUUGGAUUCCUCGUAAUGCGUCGUAUGUGGCUUCAAAGCACGCUAUCCUGGGCUUGACUAAGACGGCAGCAAAGGAAUUGGGACCCCGGCAGAUUCGCUGCAAUGCCUUUUGCCCUGGGCCAGUAGAGACGCCAAUGUUUCGCGCUUCCGCUGACAUCCGUGGCAAGGAGAUGGACCUGAGUCAUAUCGCCCUAGGGAGGAAAAGUCAGUCAAAGGAGGUAGCCAACCUGAUCGAAUGGUUGCUAUCGGAUGGUUCAAGUCUUAUUACUGGCACUGUGCAGAACAUUGACGAUGGUUGGGUCUGCUAG